AAUAAGUCCAUCUGUGAAAUUUCUUUGCUACUAAAUAUUUCACAGUCAACUGUUAGUGGUAUUAUAACAAAGUGGAAGCAACUGGGAACAACAGCAACUCAGCCACUAAGUGGUAGGCCAUGUAAAAUGACAGAGAGGGGUCAGCGCAAGCUGAAGUGCGCAGAAGUGCGCAGAAGUUGCCAACUGUCAAUACUUAAACACCUCCAAAAUGUGGUCUUCAGAUUAGCUUCAUGGAAUGGGUUUCCAUGGCCGAACAGCUGCCUCCAAGCCUUACAUCACCAAGUGCAAUGCAAAGCAUCAGAUGCAGUGGCGGUAAUGCCACCACUGGACUUU